CCCUUUUCGAUGAUGUCCACCGAGCGGAUCCAGUCGCGCAAGCUCCCGGAGGAGAGACUGGACAAGCGAGACACACGCAGCAACCACUUGGAUGACAUUUCGGAGCAGUUCAUUAUGAGUUGUGAAAUUAAAAAGAAGCCCAGGAAGGGAAAAACAAUUCAGGGAGCCCCAAACCCUGACUUGGAGCAAAAAAAGCCAAGGAGAAAAGACGCACCUGCAAUACACAUUCCUCCUUUUAUGACAGGUGUCCUUUCUGAGCAUCUGACACAGAGAUGCGACAUCAACGAGAACCCACCCAAGAGCAAACUGAGCCCGGCGCUUCAUAGCGGGGACCUGGAGCCGAAAAAGCCUCGGAGAAAGGACACGCCCGCCCUGCACACGUCCCCUUUCGUGGCAGGUGUUAGGCUUCUCCAAGAAGAAAGACAUAAAGUCAUUAUGGAAGAUGAAGAAAAGGAUGGAGAAAAGCUUCCUUUUUAGAGUAUUUUUCCCCCUCUAAAAAUUUGUGUGAAUUGGCUAAAAUGAUUUUCAAUAGAGACCUAGUGUACAAACAUAUCUUUCUACGCCUGUUUUCCCAUAAAUCAACCUUCUAGAACUAAUCUUCUUUGAUCAAGACACACAUAUACACUUAUGAUGGAAAGUAAUUCUGACACACACAUAUGUAUGUUUAUUCAUAUAUAUA